AGAAGAAUUCAGUGGGGUCAAAGCCAUCGUGGUGAACGGACGGAGAACGCGUCAAAGUUCGGAGACGAACGUCAUCAUGUAUUCUUGAAAAAGCGACCGGAUUUCGCGUACUGCGGCGAGUGUGAGAGAGUGCAUUUGGAGUGAGUGAGUGAGGAACUAUGUGCGAGUGAAUAAAUAAGUGAUCUAGACCAGUUCCCCGUGGAUUCUAUCGAGAGAUUUCAACGACUCGGCGAGGAGGAGGAGGAAGAAGUAUUUGGUGAGGUUCGCCGUCGUCACUCAGCAUGGCGAGAGCGGGGAAUCUGGCUUGCUGUCUGCUUGCGACGGCUGUUGCCCUCAUGUCGGGCGUCAGGGCAAAUCUGCCUCCGUCCUUCACGGCGGACAUGAACCUCCACGUCGUCAGCGAGGACACGCCCAUAGGGGCGGCCGUGUACACGCUGAAGGCGAGCGAUCCCGAAGGGGGACCGGUGUCCUACGGCCUCUCGGGCUCCGACAGACUAAGGGUCGACUCCCGGACGGGCGUGGUGACUGUGCAGAGGCCCUUGGAUAGAGAGAAAAACGACACACUCAGACUCGUGGUGACCGUCGAGGACGAGGUGCCCGGAGGGAAUAACAACGUGGUUCGAGUGCCCAUUUCCCUGAUCGUUUUGGACACCAACGAUAACCCUCCCGUCUUCCUCCAGACGCCGUACGAAGCCAUAGUCAACGAGGACGCCCCCGUCGGCAGCACCGUUCUGCCUGGCAUAAGGCUCACGGACGACGAUCAGGUCGGCGAGGCCAUCAAGGUGGAGUGCCAUCCUAUCACCCAGGGAGGCGACGACUGCGAGGUGUUCUCCAUCGUGGCUUCGAGGGCGACGUCUCGGGAGUACUCGGGAAGCCUAGUGUUGAACAGACCUCUGCAGUAUUCCACCCACAGCCUCUACCAGCUCAAGCUGGUGGCUACAGACGGGGGCGAGAUGGCCAGCGUGGGCGUGGUGAUCAGGGUCCGUGACGUGCAGAACUCGCCGCCCAUCUUCUCGGGUUCCCUGACGGGCAUCGUGACCGAGGACGACCCCAUCGGGACCCAGGUCAUGACCCUGAAGGCGGCCGACGGCGACACGGGGGCGCCCCGCUCCGUCGAGUAUGAGCUCAUUACAAAUCCGCUGGACUUCUUCACCCUCGACGCCGAGACUGGCGAGCUACGAACCGCCAAGCCCUUGGACAGAGAGGCCCUUCAGUCUCCUGACGGCGUCGUCAAGGUGAAGGUGAAGGCGUACGAAGUCCAGGGCGGGGAGCCCGUGGGUAGCCCAGACACGGAGACGGUGGCCGACGUCACGAUCACCAUCAGGGACGUCAACGACGAACCACCCACUUUCAAUCGACGGGAGUACCGGGCCACGGUGCCCGAGAACGUCCCCGACGGGACGCCCCUGCCCAAUUUGGACAUGUUCGUCCAGGACACCGACGUGGGUUCGAACUCCGUCUUCAGCCUCCGUCUCUUGGACGCUUCCGGCAUCUUCAGCGUGGAACCGGAAGUGGCCUCCGGCUCGUCCUCCGUCAGUAUCAGGGUGGCCAGGGGGCCUCUCGACUUCGAGAACCCCAACCAACGCAAGUUCCUUCUGCAGGUCAUAGCCGAAGAGACUCUGACCAACCCUCGGUUGUCCUCGACGGCAACCGUGGUUGUAUCGGUCACCGACACGAACGACAACCCUCCCCAGUUCGCCCAAGAGGCCUACACAGCCACAGUGUCGGAGACGGCCUCUCCUGGGACCGUCGUGACGACGAUUGUCGCCUCCGAUAGGGACACGGGCCAAUUCGGUGCUGACGGAAUCAAGUACUCGCUGUUUGGCAACGGUGCUGAGAAGUUUGAGGUGGACGAAACAUCUGGGGUCAUCACUGUAGCCUUCUGCGACACGCCUGGACACGGAAACUGUCUUGACUACGAGGAGAGACCGACGUAUUUCUUGUCCUUCCAGGCUACCGACGCAGGAGGCGAAGGGCACACCACUGUGGUGCCCAUGAGAGUGUCCCUACUAGACAGUAACGACAAUCCGCCGAAAUUCACCCGUCAGCAGUACCGCGCCGUUAUCGACGAAGGCGCUGCAGAUUUUGACCCGCCCUUGACUGUUAAUGCCGAGGAUCCAGACGCCACCUCGCAGAUCACGUACAGCCUGGUAGGAGGUGAUCCUACGGGCCUUUUCGUCAUCGACAGCGCCUCGGGAAGGAUCAAGGUCGCCAACGAGUCAGGUCUCGAUAUCUCUGACCUCAGGUCAGACCAGAUCAUACUGACGGUUGAGGCUAAUGACGGCGAAGGUUCCCACACAGCCAAUGUUCGUGUAUCAGUUAGGGACGCGAAUAACAACUCUCCCGUCUUCAGCAAAAGCCUCUAUGUGGCGCACGUCCAGGAGAACUCGGCUCCAGGCAGCCUAGUCGAACAAGUCUCAGCCAGCGACGCUGACACCGGCGCCAACGCUCAAAUAUCGUACCGUAUCCAGCGUGGCGGUUACGACGACUUCGCCAUCAGCCCAGAGACCGGAGAGGUGACCGUCGCCAGGAAACUGGACUACGACAAGAGGCAGAGCUACGACAUCGUGGUCGUGGCUUCUGACGGGGGGAUCCCACGGCUGACAUCAACGAGCACGCUGACUGUCAGCGUCAUUAACAACAAUGACAAAAGCCCCUACUUCACUCCUACCACCCAGAGGACUCAGGUAUCCGAAGAUGUCGCCCCAGGUACGACGUUCUACACGCUAUCUGCAAAAGACCCGGACGUCGUAGGCGAUGUAGGCCUAGUCUUCGGCGUUGAGCUUCCCGUUUCCGCCGUGGAUGCCGACGGUCAGCCCGUGGAAGGCCCCUCGAGGGACGUCCUUGCUGAAAUGUUUGUGAUCAACCCAGAGACUGGAACAGUCACUGUGGCAGGCCCGCUGGAUCGCACCAUGGCAACCGAGGUUACUUUUGAUGUCACCGUGACAGAUGUCUCGGCUACGCCACCUCAGGUCGGCCGCGGACACCUAGUGAUCACCAUAGUGGACGUCAACGACUUCCCUCCCAUUUUCCCCCCACCGUGGAGCCCAGAAUCCCCCUCCAUCGAAGUCACUGUUGCCGAGGAGCUGCCCAGAGGGUCUCUGUUGACGACCAUCACUGCUUCAGAUGUUGAUUCUAAUAUAGGCGGGUAUUCGCUAGCCAACCCUUCUGAACACUUCGCCCUGGACAACGCCACUGGAGUGGUGACAGUUAAGGCAAGACUGGACUAUGAGACACAGCCAGCACUCAGCUUCGUGGUCGUUGCUCACGAUACUGGUGUCCCCACCCUCUCUGCAACGACUACAGUCAUUGUUGAGCUGGAAAACAUCAACGACGAGGAACCGGUCUUCAGCGAGGCCGUUUACGACGCCGAAGUGGCGGAGAAUUCCCCUCCAGGAACCUCUGUGAUCACGGUCAAGGCCACGGAUGCUGACAAGGGCGAAUUCGGAGUGGUCACUUACUCCCUGGCCGGUGACCACCACGAGCACUUCGCCAUCGACCCAGACGGCUUGGUCACGGUACGUAACGGCGCCUUGCUGGACAGGGAGACGUUGGCGGGGGUUGUCCUUCGGGUGGUAGCGACGGACACGGCUCCUGAGAACCAGCGUCGGCAGUCCUCCGUUCCUUUGCACAUCGUCAUAACUGACGUGAACGACCACGGCCCGGCCUUCAGCCAGAAGUCGUACUCCGCCAGCGUCGUGGAGAACCUCCCCAUCGAACCUGCCGCCCCAAUCGUCCAGGUCACCGCCCACGACAACGACGAGGGGCUGAACUCUCUCAUCAGAUAUAUCAUCACUGAGGGAAACGAGGAAGGAGCCUUCUACCUGGAUCCCAAAAGUGGCAUCUUGUAUCCUGCUGCUGAACUCAUCGCCAAGCAGACAAAAUAUAACCUCACUAUAGAAGCCAGGGACCUCAAUGGCACAGGUGAAUAUAGUGACGUGGCAACAGUGGAGAUCACAGUGUUGCCACAAAACCAACACAAACCGAAGUUCCUCUCUCCCGCUCUGCCCAAUGCGACGGUUCCUGUGAAAGAGAACUGGAGCUCUGCAGUGCAACAGGUGAUUGUCGUGGAGGCGGAAGACAAGGACACGGGAGCCAAUGGCGAAGUGAGGUACCACAUCCGAAUUGGGGAGGACAACGUCCAGGACACGCCUGAAUUCCACCUCGAUCCAAUCACCGGCGUGCUCUCAACCAAACGCGUCCUGGACCGGGAGGAGCAACACAAGUAUGAGGUAAUGGAACGAACGACCUUCCUUCUGUCUUGUGAAGUGAUUUUGAUUUUGUUGUUUGACAAAUAUCCGUCAACGUUGAACAAAUUUUUGUCAAGGUUUGACAGAUGUUCGUCAGCGUUUUAACUAACCUUUGCAAACGCUCCACCUCCUGCAGGUCAGCUGGUGGCAAAGGACCCCGACGCGGGCAUCAACGCCAAGAUCUUCUACUACUUCGUCGCCGGCAACGACCACGAGAGCUUCUACUUGGACAAGCUCCACGGCAAUCUGUACACCAACGCCGUCCUCGACAGGGAGCAGAAUGCCUCCUACACCCUCGUGGUGAAGGCCACGAACGACCCCAACUUCAUCAUCGACCCCAGUCAAGAGGUCGUCUACGACGAGACGGAUCCGACCCUCGCCAUCGUCAGCGUCACGAUUGAAGAUGAGAAUGACACGCCCCCGAGGUUCACCAGGGAAGUUUACUACGCUGGGGUGUCUCACGAGGCUGAAGUGGACCGCUUCGUUCGGAUGGUGAGAGCUGUGGAUGGAGACGCAGGUCUCAAUGGCACCCUUUCCUAUUCCAUCAGGGCCUCGAAUCUGUUCCGUCCAAGUGAAUCCAAGUCCAUCGGCUCCAUCAUUCCAUCUCCCUUCAACAUAACCCAAGAUGGGAAGCUGACAACAGCCUCCUUGAUGGCCCAGUACAGACGCCACCGUUUUAUCCUGCAGGUCCAGGCCAAGGAAGAAGCUCCACCUUACAGAGUGGCCAAGUGCAACGUUAAUAUCUGGGUAUGGGAGAGGGAAGACCUCGUGAGGGUAGUCCUUGCCCAGCCCCCGGAAGAGGUGGUCAAAGGUCAGGAGGAAAUUGCUGCCACAUUGUCCCAGGUCACUGGAGGAACAGCUGUCGUCGACGAAAUUCGGUAUCACGUUGACACUGACAAUACUGUUAAGCAUGAAAGGACGGACAUGUUGGUUCACGUCGUCAACAGAACGGACCAGGUGAUGGCGGUGCCGGUGGUCCUCCAAAAAUUCGACGAGGGUUACGCCACUCUGCGGAAUAAUUCUCGCACCUUCUUCAUCGAUAACGUUUACCCAGCCACCAUAGCGGCGAUGGAGGACGAGGUGGACGCCCGCCUGGCGGGGUUGAUCGCCCUCAUGGUCGUCCUCUUCAUCGGCUUCGUCUCCUUCGUGGUCGUCUGUUGCUGCCUGCGAUACUGGGUGAUGACUCCCUCGAGUCGCUCCAGCGAACACCUCAUCAAGCGGAAUAUAGAUGAGGACCUCGUGAACACGACGGAAAAUCCUCUGUGGGUGGAUCAGAAACUGAAGAUGUACGAGGAACAGGAACUGACGAUGCAGGUCAUGAGCGAAUUCGACACGACCCAGGUCAACGGUCAGGUCAACCCGGGUCAGGUGCCCAGCGUGACCGUGGACGCUGAGUGGAGCCCUGAGCGGAGGGCCAGUAGCAUAGAUCUCUCUCAGAUGGACGGACAGAGCAACACCUACGCAACCAUCCAGAAAUCUCACGGAGGAACGCUCAGGUCUCUACAGCUGAGAGGUUUACAGCAAGGGACGCUCACCUUGGGGGAGGAACCUGGCGAGAGUAAUGACUACGCAACGCUCGAUCACUUGCGCCGUCCGGCCUCAGCUCAGGGUCCUAAAGUUCCUGGCAUAGAGACGCCUCGAUCGCCGAUGAACCUCAAUAGCGAGUACCACGAGCUAAGGACUUCCUUCACUGGAUCCACAUUCCAGCCACCGGACAUAGCCAACCGCCCUCUACCGGAUGAGCCUUUCGCUGUUCAUUCUCAGAUGCCAAGGAAUAUCACUCUCAAUGCUCAAGGGGAACCAGUGUUGGUCGCUGAACUUAUCUAGAGUCUGACAGAGGCAACACUAGAACUCAAGGCUGUUGUCAGUUAGAUAACUGGCGUUAGUGACAGUGUUACUGCUUCAACGAAUGGAGGAUUAUGGCAUCCAGUUCAGUAACAUUUAUCGCAUUAGUUGCCAGUCACAUCAAGAAAAGUGUAGUACUAUUUCUCGCACAGUGACGUUUUGUGAAUGAAUGUGACGGAAAACUGCGUCUAAUGUGGUUAACAGAUAAAAAAAAAAAUUGAUGGUUUUAUAUUACUGGUAUAUAGGUCUGUCGUUGAAGGCCUGUAAUCCUGUUUUUUGUAGAAUUGGUGACCAGCUUAAGAAUCAGUUAAUAAUAAAACCAGAUGUUGUGAUUAAAGAAAGAUUGAGACUAUAUGAUUCAUAUGUAUUAAAAAUUUAUUUAAAAGCAUCAGUCUAGUAAGAUUCAUUCCAUGAAAAAGACCUGCUAUAAGUCUACAGUGCAUCAAAAGUCUUAUUUAAGUUGCCUGGCCAUUUGGAUCAUCAAACCACUGUUAUUGUUAUAAUUUCUUUACCUAAGUCUCCAAAAAAAACUCCAUGGCUUUUUCUAAUAAUAUAAUAAGCGGGUUUAUGCGUUUAUUCCAAACAUAAUCUUCCAAACAUCAGUAUUUUUAUUUUUGUAAAGUGUAAAAAAUAUAUGUAUAUGUUUUUUUAUAUAUAAAACAGUAGUGUGUUGACUGAAUUUAUUUAAAACAUUCUACACUUUUUGCUCUGCUCUAAGAAUAUUUGAAGCUAUUUUAUUCUGCCUUAGCUAUCAUAUACUUGACUAAUUGCGACUUUUAUGAUUCAUUUACAGAGAUUCAUGUUUCGACACACGUGAAAAACAAAACACUGAUUAAGCGUUCUAAUUAACUCUUAAACGCAAAAUAGUGCCUUACUGAACCGUGCCCUAAGAAAAAUGCAUUUACCACAUUUCCUGAAAUGUAGUCCUAAUUGUCCUGUUUAGCAGUAUCCUUUAGGUUCAUUGCCAAGUCAGUGUAACGUUUGUUUUAAUAUUUUACAUUUGUAUACCUUUCAUUCACUCAUUUUGAUCCCCAUCUUGUUGGUCAGCUGCUUCUUUGAGAAAUGUAGAAAGCUCAAUACUGUACAGAAGCUUUUUAAACCAGAGAGCCCUUUAGUACGCUCCAAACACCCUUAUCUCAGGUUGUUGAUAUCUACCAUGUAAGGAUUUAUGAGUAUUGUUUCUGUGUCAACUCACUAGAAGGUUAAAUAAGAUCACAAAUCGUAGUUUCGCCUUCCUUAGCGGACAACAUUUUUCUGUGAACUUUCACUACCUAUCUAUAGAAGCUGACUCGCUGUCAGCUCUCAGCUGAUAGAUAUAUUUCAGCUUCAUUUACAAGCCAACAGUGCAUAUUACUCUUGCCACAGGCUUGCUCCAUUGCAUUACUGAGGUCAAGUAGACCGAGAUCAGAUCGAUCGCUAUUUAUAAAAACCAACGACUUCUUCAAGUUAGGUUAGGUCUGUCUUAUAGUUCACUAAUCAUCGUUUCAUCCCCCCCACCCUCCCCCCCUCCUGGUCAUUUUGUAAAUAAUCAUUGUACUUAUCUUCUUUGGCUAUUAACACCUCGGGUUUCGAGCGUAGUUGAGUGUUCAGUGUUACGAAGAUUUGUAUCUGUUACGGCGACGCGUCGUCAAGAUAAACCAAGGAGCCAUGUUUGUUAGACCGUGUCUCGUAGACCCACAACGUCAGAAGUUCGUUGUCUUGGACACAUCAGUAUUUGAUCGAAGGUGGAGAGUGAAUACACUUGAUUGCGAUCAUGUAAAUAUGAACUGUUUACCAUUAUAUAGAAUAUCGCCUUUCUCUGAUUUUUAUUACAAGAGUUGCCGGAUCAGUUUUCAUGAUCCGGUCUUAUUUUUUAUGAAAUCAUCAACCUUUUGCUAACUGCGUGACUUUUGUUUAUCAUUUCGUCAGAAUAACCAAAAAUUUUCAGCAAAUUAAAAGUAUUUUUAGUCACGUUAGCCUAUUUGGAAAAUGCAGCCAAACGCGUUAGCAGAGGUGUUCCUUUUCUGUUGUAGCCAUGUAAAUGUGCCUUAUUUUUCUUUUAUAGAUGCCUUGUAUAUUUCAUAUAUGAAAUUGUACUUAACGAAAUUAACAGAGAAAUAAAUGUUCUUAAAUUA